UUGUUGAGGGUGCGGCGGAGCAUAGGAGACGAACGGAGCCACGAGGGCCCGUGGGAAGAGCUGAAGAAGAGGGAGCUCGGGCCGGGCGACUGCCAGAAGUUGUUGCCCAGUCCCGGUGAGGGGGCGGACAUCGGGCCCGGAUGCUCGCGAGGACGAGACGUCGGAAACGCUGCCACAUUGGAAGGGAAAAUAUUGACGGCCGUCAACAAGUUCCUUACAACGUCCCCUUUGGUUAACAAGGUCAAGUUGUUGAUGACGAGACAGAGCAGCGGUGAUGCGGGAGAUGGCGCGGAGGGGAAGGAGGACACCGGCUCGGACUGUCCCCCACGGACACCGACGUCAACGACGAUGACGGCAUCAUCGGUGCCGCAGUCGAUCGUUCCGGGGUCGCCAAAUUCAAUGGUAUGUCCCGCCACCGAUGUCUCGAUAGAUCUACAACAGCGACGACGACGGCAACAGGAAUCACAAGACUUAUCUUUGACGCAGACGACAGUCACCGCGCCCUCGUCGUCCAUCAACGACAAACCCCUCCUCUCUACGAACAUCCUGUCUCUGCCGGCUUCGCCAAAGCGAUCAUCGGCGAGCAACGUUUCGUCCAGCAAAACGCCUAUAUCGAAAUCGCAGAUGAAGGAAUUCCGAGAGGCCUUCAGGCUGUUUGACAAGGACGGCGACGGAACUAUUACGAAAGAAGAACUCGGCAGGGUUAUGCGUUCCCUAGGACAAUUUGCGAGAGCGGAAGAAUUGAGUACCAUGCUGCAGGAAAUCGACAUUGAUGGUGACGGAAAUGUCAGCUUCGAAGAAUUUGUCGAAAUUGUGAGUAACAUCGGAGCAAACACAGCUGCUCCCUCGGAUCAGGAUCAAGAAGAGCAAGAAUUGCGAGAUGCCUUUCGGGUAUUCGAUAAACAUAAUCGUGGAUAUAUCACUGCGUCGGAUCUUAGAGCAGUAUUGCAAUGUUUGGGAGAAGAUCUUUCGGAGGAAGAAAUUGAAGAUAUGAUUAAGGAAGUGGAUGUAGAUGGGGAUGGUAGAAUUGAUUUCUACGAAUUCGUUCAUGCUCUUGGCGAGCCGGGAAUCGACGAAGACGAAGAAGACGAUGAAGAAGAUCUGCAAUCUCCGCUGUUCUAAGAUCACGUUUAUCCUAAUCUCUUUGUUAGAUAAGCCAGAUCAGGCAAAAACGAUGCGCAAUCUCUCGACUUGCACGAAAUAUCCUUCUCUCACGUUUGCAAUUCGAAUCGCGUGCGAUUGCGCCUCACAAACGAAACGAGGCUCAACUUUGACUAUACGAACCCGUUUACGUUUUAUUAGUUCUCACCCUUCUCCAAUUUCGAAUUAAAUUUUAACGCUGGAACGCGAAAGUAUCGCUAAACGCAUUGUGAAUAGGUAAAAUAUCUGCACUGAGCUACAUUAUCUGCAAAUGAUCGCGAAUACAGCACAAAUUUGCAUUUUCGAUGUAUAUUAAAUAACUGAGCUUCCUUCGAGCGAGGGAUUCUUGAUAAAUCACGAGUACCAUAACUCAAUGGCUCGUGAAACUUUAUUUGAUUACUAGUUAUUAUAAGCCGCCUGCUGAUAAAUGAGCGCAAUAUGAAUAUUGUAAAUUAUAAUCUCAAAAAUUAUAAUGAAUGAGAUGAAUUUAAAAAAUGCGACAUAUUAUUUAAAGAGAUUAAAGGAUUUAUUUGAGAGAGAAUACAGAUUAAUUUAAAAAUAUUAAAGCAAAUAAAAUUUUAAAUUGCAACGUAAAUUCAACGAAUGAAUACAGAAAUAAAAUAUGAGAUUACGAAAAGCGCUUCUUGGCACGUUUAACGAGUCGCUGAUAACUACCGCAUAAUUAUGAGACAGGUGGUAACGAAUCUCUCAGGGAGAUUUUGCCACGCUGGACAACGAUAAGCGUUUUUGGCGACGUGCCAUAAAUUUGUUAAAACGAUGGAUAAAUCAUCAGCGGUCGGCUAUGGUGACUUUCAUCUCGCGAAACGGAAGUUGCUCGGAAAGUGCGGCUGGUGUCAUCCCAAUGAAUGAGCUGUGAGAGUAUCAGAUAAUCUCUCGCGACACGAAAAGCGAGCAUUAAGUACGAGAAAUGUUAACCUAGUUGAGAUAAAUUAUUCAUUUCGCACGUAUUUUCGAUCCCUGCUUCGAUAUCAAAGGCAGCACCGUUUCUCGCCGCCUCUAUCUUUUUCCAAGUCUCUCGACGCCGCACUCGGCGAUUCUUUAAGAUAUAAAAUCGACUAGAUCGUAAUGAAUUCCGUCUCGUAUGUGGACUUUCUCUCGAUUUUACUCUCGCGUCUAACAUUAGAUAAUGUUAUAUUCCAUUUAAAAUAAUCUUAAGAGAGGGAGAAAACGCACCGCACAUUCUCAACAGAUCGCGCCGAUGCAUGCGUCGCGAUAACGCGAUCCCCGAGCGAGGGGAAAGAGGAGGCCGAAAGAUCGCGUUUCUCGAUCAAUCCCGCUGAUUUGCAUAAUCGUAUCAAAUCGAUGGACCUUCCACGAUCCCUCUUGGAAAUGAUCGCCCGAGAUCAUCGGCGUCCAAAAGCCGGACAGGCGAGCGAAUCUUAUGUCGAUCUUCGCUCGCUUUACUUUCUUCGGGCCUCGUAUUAUGUACCUUAAACGACUAUAUCACUGUUACGCCAAUAACAAAGCCGCACGCUGUUUAAAAUAUUUUAAAGGAUUUAAUAAAUCGCUAAA